UAAGAGGUGUUAUCUGUAUAGUGCAUAAGAAUGUCCACCAGAGUGACCUCUCGACUCCAUUUUAAAUGCUGGGAAAUUUUGUAAAAAUACUUUCUGAGUUUGGAAAUGAAGUCAACUCUAGUUAUAUACUGUGAAGGCUCUUCUGGCUGUGCACCCUCCUCUGCCCAGGGAGCUGCAGAUCUGCACCCUGAAAAUAUAAGUUAGAAGGAAUCUCAGGCACAGCCAAGUAGCUCUGAACACUUGAUCCCACUUCGGUUUAUAGUCUGAGAAAGGCUGACAAGGUUCAGCACCUUCUUUCGGGUCAGCAAAAGCUCGAACUCGGGCAUUACUGGGUUCUCAGCUGGCCCUCUAAAGCCCCUUCCUUCCGCCAUGCAGAGAAAAAAGAAGGUGGCUGGAGAAGCUGAAGGAUAUGAGACUGGUUCUUUGCUCUUCCCUUCCUUUCCCUGCUUUUCUCCACACCACCCUCUCCCUCACAGCAGCCGUCUCCCCCACAGACACUGAGAUAGAAGGGAGGGGGGCGGAGUUGGGGACUAAGGGAUCCAGAGCCCCACAGUGCCCCAUAUCCGAAGGAAGCUCUGGCAGGGAGCAGCUGUGCUGGCUCUUGCUCUCCUCCUCCUGCUGCCAUCCUUCAGCAGGAUGCUGGGAACUCUGGGGCUUUGGGCACUGCUUCCCGCAGCUGUACAGGGUAAGUGUCUACAGGGAGGGGCAGGGUUUUUCACCACCCAAUGAAGGAAAGGGGCACUUGAUGUAGCAGCCACCCUUUUGGAAGAGUGGUGAGUGGGAUGGGUGAGUGAGAGAGAAGGGGAGAGCCAUGUGUCCCCACAGUGGGGGUCAGAUUCCAGGGCUCUGCUGACCCUGUUUCCUUCUGUGGCUUUCCCAUGCUGACCCUGAGAUAUGAAACAUGUUUUAUCUCUCCUUUUGACUGCUGUUUUUGCCCCUGCAUUCACUCCCAUCUUGAACCCUCUCCUUUCCCCACCCUGGGCAGCAGCACCCCCAAGCAGGCGAACCUGUGCGUUCUUUGAGGCCCCCAGAGUGCGGGGAAGCACAAAGACCUUGGGGGAACUGCUAGAUGCAGGACCAGGUCCCCCCAGGGUUAUCCGCUGCCUCUACAGCCACUGCUGCUUUGGGAUCUGGAACCUGACCCAAGACCAGGCACAGGUGGAGAUGCAAGGAUGCCGAGACAGUGAUGAGCCAGGCUGUGAGUCCCCUCAUUGUGACCCAAGCCCCCGAGCCCACCCCGGCCCUGGCUCUACUCUCUUCACGUGUUCCUGUGGCACUGACUUCUGCAAUGCCAAUUACAGCCAUCUGUCACCUCCAGGGAGCCCUGGGACUACCAGCUACCAGCGUCCCCAAGCAGCCUCAGGCGAGUCCAUGUGGAUGGUGCCGGUGCUGCUGGGGUUGUUCCUUCUCCUGCUGCUGCUGCUGCUGGGCAGCAUCAUUUUGGCUCUGAUACAGAGAAAGGCCUGCAGAGUCCGAGGGGAACCAGAACCCGAGCCAGACCCAGGCAGGGACUGGAGUGAGGAGCUGCCGGAGCUGCCCGGGCUGUGCUUCUCCCAGGUCCUGCGGGAAGGAGGUCACGCAGUCGUGUGGGCUGGGCAGCUGCAGGGGGAGCCUGUAGCCAUCAAGGCCUUCCCCCUGAGGGCUGUGGCACAGUUCCGAGCAGAGAGAGCUCUGUACGAGCUGCCGGGCCUGCAGCACGACCGCAUUGUCCGCUUUAUUGCCGCUGCCAGCAUGGGCGGCCCAGGCCCCCUGCCCUGUGGGCCCCUACUGGUUCUGGAACUGCACCCCAAGGGCUCCCUGUGCCACUACCUGACCCAACACACCAGUGACUGGGGAAGUUCCCUGCGGAUGGCACUGUCCUUGGCCCAGGGCCUGGCAUUUCUCCAUGAGGAGCACUGGCAGAAUGGUCAAUAUAAACCAGGUAUUGCCCACCGAGACCUGAGCAGCCAGAAUGUGCUCAUUCGGGAAGAUGGGUCAUGUGCCAUCGGAGACCUAGGCCUCGCCUUGGUGCUCCCUGGCCUCACUCAGCCCCCUGCCUGGGCCCCUACUCAACCCCGAGGCCCAGCUGCCAUCAUGGAGGCUGGCACCCAGAGGUACAUGGCACCAGAGCUCUUAGACAAGACUCUAGACCUACAAGACUGGGGCUCGGCUCUCCGGCAAGCUGAUGUUUACUCUCUGGCUCUCCUCCUGUGGGAGAUACUGAGCCGGUGCCUGGAUUUGCAGCCUGGCAAUAGACCUCCACCUUUCCAACUGGCCUAUGAGGCAGAACUGGGCAGCACCCCCACCACCUGUGAGCUCUGGGCCUUGGCAGUGGAGGAGAAAAGGCGCCCCUACAUCCCAUCCACCUGGUUCUCCUUCACCACGGAAGCUGGUGGGCUCAGGGAGCUCCUAGAGGACUGUUGGGAUGCAGACCCAGAAGCACGGCUGACAGCUGAGUGUGUACAGCAGCGCCUGGCCACCCUGGCCCAUCCUCAGGAGGUCCACCCUGCCCCAGAGGGCUGUCCCCACAACCCGCCCACCUGUUGCCCAGAAGACUAUCCCUCUACUCCUGCCCCCUGCAAUUCUCCCCUGUAGACCUCAGCCUAGCGUUUGCCAGCGUUCAGCCAAGAACUUUUUCCUGGAAAUCUUAACCUGCCUGUGCCAACUCUCAUGUGUAAAUAUGCAGUUUAUAUGUAAUCUAGCACA